CACGUGUUGAUGCCAGGGGCUAAAAAUGCCACGGGCUAAAGAUGCCAGGUGGCGGGGGAGAGGACGGGCAUAUACAUGACGCAGGAACGCUCGAGUAGAAGGUGCCGUGCACGUUCUCCACACCACCUGCCCUCCCCCCGCACGACCUCAAGACAUCGGCAUGUACCAAUUCGCCAUGUCCAGCAACACCAAAACGCGCACCACGGGCGUGCCAAAGUUCCUCCGUCACCUCUACGCCAUCCUCCACACCGAGGACUCGUCCAUCAUCUCGUGGUCCGUGGACGGGUCGUGCAUCCAACUGUUCAACGUCAAGCGGUUGGAAACCGAGGUGCUGCCCAAAUACUUCAAACACAACAAACUGUCGAGCUUCCAGCGACAACUCAACUACUUUGGCUUCCGCAAGUGGACCAAGACCCAGUCGUGCGUGUGCACGUUUAGCCACGCCCAACUCACCCGCCACUCCACCCCCGACACCAUGGCCAUCACGCGCAAGCACUCGUCGGCGUCCCCCACCAGCUUCGACUCGUACGUCCCCGAGGCGUGCGACGCCUUGGUCUGGCCCACGGACGACCUCGUCUUCCACGACGCCGACGACCUCAAGGUCGAGGACUGGGACUUGUGCGUCGACUCGUUCGACGACGUGUCCUUCGACUGGCUCAGGACCAUCGACACCACUCCUCUCUGCGUGCUAGUCUAGACACUCGUGCUCUAUUUAUCAAUA